AUGAUCAAAAAGGUCGAGGAAGAUGAGAUAGACAUAAGGAUCAGGAGGAUAUCUUUCAGCUUGCUAUCACCGCAGGAAAUUUCGGAUCUAUCUGUGCACGAGAUUUCCAGUAAGGACUUGUAUGAUAUAAGCACGAGGGCGCCUUUGCCAAACGGCCCUUUAGACUUGAGACUGGGCGUUGGAAACAAGAAGGACAAGUGCGCGACAUGUGGCGAAGGAUUGGCCACGUGCAUUGGACAUUUUGGUGAGGUUAGACUUGUACUCCCUGUUUUCAAUGUGGGCUUGAUCAAGAACACAAUCUCCACGUUGAACUGUCUCUGCAAAAGCUGUGGAUCUAUCCUUCUUAACGAGAAGAAGAAGAUUUACUUCAAAAAGAAACUACGAGAGAGCAGCGGUGGAAAUGACACCAAGCUGAUUCUAAGAAGGAUUGUUGCUGAGUGCAAGAAGGUCAAUGUCUGCUUUGUGUGCUCGUUUAGAAAUGGGCAGAUCAAGAAAACGUUCGGUUUCAGAAUAGUCCACGAGGUUGAAGAUUUGGAGAAGAGGAAGAAAGAUAGAGGCAGUAAAGGCUCCGAUGGGGUGCAUUCUUCAUGCUGUGAAGAAAUAAAUCCCCUGGUAGCACUUAAUGUAUUUAACAUGAUGAAGGAAGACGAUUAUGAGUUGCUUGGAUUCUUGGAAUCGCCGUCCCGGCUUAUUAUACAAAAUGUCAUAGUUCCUCCUUCUUGCAUCCGCCCAAGUGUAUCUAUGGAUGACGAGGGGACGAAUGAGGACGACAUAACGAUUAAGAUCAGCGAGAUUGUGCAUACUAACAAGGUAUUAAGAGAAGGAAUAGAAAAAGGGAAUCCACUAAACCUGAUAAAUGAAGACUGGGAUCAUCUUCAGCUCCAAUGUGCGCUACUCAUCAACUCAGAGCUUCCGCAGAUAGGAAUUCCCGGGCAGCCUGUCAGGGGAAUAGUCCAGAGGCUUAAGGGGAAGAAUGGAAGGUUUAGGUGCAAUCUAAGUGGAAAAAGGGUUGAUUUCAGUGGAAGGACAGUUAUUUCGCCCGACCCGAACCUGAGCAUUGAGGAGGUAGGGAUACCGGAAAGAAUGGCAAAGAUACUAACCAUUUCUGAAAGGGUUACAAGGCUCAAUAGAAGGAAGCUCCAGGCCUUGGUUCUGAACGGCCCCGAAAACUAUCCUGGAGCCAAUUAUGUGGUUGGGGAGAAAUUUAAGAGGUUUUUGAUGUACGGCAAGAGAGACAUAGAGCUCAAGUAUGGGGAAGUUGUCGAGCGGCACUUGAUGGAUGGAGACAUGGUCUUGUUCAACAGGCAGCCUUCUCUUCACCGUAUGAGCAUCAUGUCCCAUAAAGUUAGGGUUCAUAGGAACAAAACUCUGAGAUUUAACGAGUGUGUUUGUACGCCGUACAAUGCAGACUUCGAUGGAGAUGAGAUGAAUGUCCAUGUUCCUCAGACAGAAAAGGCGCGGGCCGAGGCAUCUGUUUUAAUGUCUGUUUCAAACAAUAUUGUUACUCCAAGACAUGGUGAACCCAUUGUAGCAGCCACGCAGGACUUCAUCACUGGACUGUACCUGAUAACUGGAAAAGACACCUUCUUCGACAGAGAAAGGUUUGGACAACUUGUAAGCUAUUUUUCCGAAGCAAGGGUUGGUGUAAAGCCGGCAAUAAGAAAGCCUGUGGAGUUGUUUACUGGAAAGCAACUUAUAGAGGUUCUUAUCAAGGAUUCGUUCACUGCGAGUAUUGAAAGAAAUGCAGUUACAGGCAACAUGGCUGUUUCUCUUGUAGGCAAAAACAGGUCAUUCAAAACACACGAUGACCCAAACGAUGGGAGUGUGGCGAUACUGGAUAAUUCGUACUAUUUUGGACGCCUUGACAAGUCGAUAGUAGGGGGAGAAAACAAGAGAGACAGUCUAAUCUAUGCUAUUAUGAAAGUGAGUAGCAUGGCUGCAGUGAGAGCCAUGAAUAGCAUAACAAAGUUGUGCUCAAGAUAUCUAGGAGAGACAGGAUUCAGCAUAGGACUUGAUGACGUACAGCCUGGGCCGAUACUGCGGCAGAAGAAGGAAAUGGUUGUCAGAAGGGGAUACGCAGAAUGCGAAAGCAAGAUUUUGGAGUACUCGAAAAAGCCUGAGGCCAACGAGGAAAUGCUAGAAAUGGAAAUAUCUUCUAUUCUCAACCGGAUCAGAGAAGAAUGCGGGUCUAUAUGUAUAAAGGAGCUAGGCAUCAGAAAUUCCCCGAACAUUAUGCAGGCAUGCGGAUCAAAAGGUUCGAAGAUCAAUGUUUCUCAAAUGGUUGCAUGUGUAGGACAGCAGAUUGUGAGUGGAACUAGGAUUCCAAAUGGAAUGGACGAAAGAUGCCUUCCUCACUUCAAAAGAGGAUCCAGAACUCCAGAGUCUAAAGGAUUUGUGUUGAAUUCCUUUUUUGAUGGACUAACAUCACCAGAGUUUUUCUUCCAUGCAGUGAGCGGAAGAGAAGGUCUUGUUGACACGGCAGUGAAGACGGCAGAAACAGGAUACAUGCAAAGGCGUCUCAUGAAAGCUCUUGAGGACCUAAGCAUUCAGUAUGACGGCAGUGUUAGAAAUUCGAACAUGGAGGUGGUCCAGUUUGCUUAUGGGGAGGAUCAGAUUGAUCCUGCGAUGUCAGAGGGGGACGAGUCCAUUAACCUUGAGCAGGUGUUUUUGAGAGCCAAGUCCUCAUUCCUGCACAGCCUUGGACCGAGUCCAGAUCUAUAUUCCUCCUGGUUGGAUGAGCAUGGUACAAUUGACAUCCUCAGGAGGUUAACACCGAAGGGGUAUCCUUUUGAGCACAUAGCUAACAGAAGAUUUGUGGGGAGCCUUUUAAGGUUCAUGGAAUCGAAACAUGAAGACAAAUUUUGCUUUGGUGGGACUUUCUAUCGGUAUUUCUUGUCCAAGGACUUCAUAGAGACCUUUUUUUCUAUGGUAUCGCAGAAAAUGAUGAAUCUAAUCGUUGAGCCGGGAACGACAGUUGGAGCAAUAGCUGGGCAGAGCAUUGGAGAGCCAGGAACCCAGAUGACAUUGAAAACAUUCCACUUCGCUGGAGUUGCUAGCAUGAACAUUACUCUUGGAGUUCCCAGGCUGAAAGAGAUAAUUAAUGCUGUUUGUAACAUCAGCACACCUAUUAUAAACGCUGAGCUGGAUGACCCACAUGACUUAUUCCGCACCGAGGUUAUAAAAGGCCGGCUUGACAGAAUUUCUCUAAAAGACGUGUGCUCCUCCCUAACAGAGGUCAUCAGUAAAGAUGAGAUCUUCCUCGACAUCCGCGUAGAUUUGGAGAGUCUUUCCCGCCUGAAGCUAAAUCUAGACAUCCACAAGAUCGAAAAGUUGCUAAAUAAUCACGACCAGGUAAGGGUUGUGAAUGAAAAUACUCUUAGGGUAUCUAUCAAGAAAAUCACUGACCAGAGCUACUUCAACCUUCAAAGAAUCAAGAAGAAACUGCUGAACACAAAAAUUUGUGGUGCUCCCCAGGUCAACAGAGUAAUUAUAAACAGCAGUAGAGGCCUGUACAGUCUUGUGAUUGAAGGACGUGGAUUGCUAAAUGUCAUAAACAUAGAUGGAGUAAAAGCUAUAAAUACCACUAGCAACAGCAUAACAGAAGUGGAAGAGGUAUUAGGAAUUGAGGCUGCAAGGGCCCAAAUAAUCCAUGAAAUCGAGUAUACCAUAAGCAACCACGGUAUCAAGAUAGAUCCUAGGCACAUAAUGCUUCUGGCAGACACGAUGACAUAUAGAGGGGAGGUUUUUGGGAUAACAAGAUUUGGAAUCUCAAAGAUGUCAAGAUCCACCCUUAUGCUGGCAUCCUUCGAGCAGACCAGCGACUAUUUGUUUGAGGCGGCCGUCCAAAGCAAAUCCGACGAGAUAUGCGGCGUUAGCGAGUCUAUAAUUCUCGGCAUUCCCAUUUGUAUCGGCACUGGGUCCAUGGACCUAUAUUGGAACAGCGGCACCUGA